GCAACAUGAGCUCCACUUCUAAAUUUAUUAUAUCAAUAAAUUCUUAAACACAUCCGAAAUUACUAAAACAAUAAUUUCGCGACGCGUGGCCGAGUGCGCCCAUUGGCGAUACAGCCUGGUGAUUAAAUUAAUGUAGCGCGAGCAAGAUGGCGGAAAGCGAGGAAUGCGCGGGAAGUUCACUGUGCGUGGAUUCAAUUACAGUCAACACCUGUCUUAAAAAAGGGAUGAAAAGAUGCUCUGGGUGUGGACUGGAACAAGGGAUUGCAAAAAAGGUUUGCAAGAACCAAGGUUGUUCUUUGAGGUUUCCAACAAAAGAGAAGAAUUUGGAUGCUUUAAAAAAUAUGAGCAAUCCGAACAUUACGCAACAAAGGAAGCACAUGGAAAAACGAGCUGAUAUUCUGAACAUCCACAACAACUGUGAUAUUGUCAUUUUAAUGCAUCACAAGCAUGGAAGUGGCGAUACGUUAACUUUCUAUGGAACGGAAGGAGCUGGAGUUUCUUUCAUCGGAAACAAAAGUACCAUAGAGACUUCCGAAGGUGGUCGAGUAGCACUCAAUUUAUUUAGAAAAUUCAUUGAAGAGUAUAAAGAAAAAGAAGGCUUGCAACAACUGCCUGAAAAACAGCAACAAGAACAACCACAGCAGCAGUCAGAAGAACAGCAUCCACAUGAACAACUUCCACAUGAACAAUUUCCACAUGAACAACAAGAGCAACAACAACGACGACAAGAAGAAGAACAACAACAACAACAACCACCACCACAACAUGACUGCCAACCAGAGGAAGAACAAACUACUCUCAUGAUGUCCAAAAAGCUGCAAUGGAAAAGCCAGGUUCUCUCCAAGAUUCUGGGUAAAAAAGAAGCAAAUAAUGUUCUCUAUGGUGGAAUGGUAGCUUCAGAGGAAAAUGUUGAGGUUAUCGAUUUAACCUUAAAUCAAAAUGAAAGGUUAAUUUUGUAUCUUUCUUGUAAAAGUUAUUUCGAUCAAGAUGCCUGGUGUGCUGUUGGUUCCAAUAUACAACAUAGAUUAGAUGCCACUGGAAUUAUUCUUCCUGUUUACAAUGCAACGAAAGACCCGUAUUGGCUCUUCUAUUUUCCUGGAAAGUUGGAUAUUGUAAUGACUUCAAAAUCUACUACAAAAAUAACUGGCUUUUGGUUGGAUAGUUGUGGUGCACAAAAACAUGUGUACCAAUUGAUGUCAAAUGAGACCAAAAUAUUUGGGAAAAAUAUUGUUAAAACUGAACAUGGACCAUUGUACUAUAUUUGUGAUUCAAAGCUUUCCUCUGGUUCCAUUUGGAAGAUACCCCCAAUUUUCAACGAUACCAUUAUCGAAGUUUUGCCUUCACAAUAAAUGAUGUCUGCAAUACACAUUUUCAUGAAAGACAGUGUUUGAUCGUGGCAAACAGGGACAAAUAUAGUACAAUAUACGAACAUAACAUCUCUAUUGUUAUUAAGUUAUUAGCUUAAAGUUUCACAAAACUUUCUUUUGCCGUACUUUUGUAGUAUCUGUCACAUACUUUACAA